CAGCAGUGAAGCUGCAACAGACCACUGAAAUUCUUCAGCCAUGUAUAACUUUGAUGACUACAACUUCAAUUUAACCAAUAUUACUAUGGACUAUGGCACACUGCCCGAUUUUACCGACAAUUUGACACCUACGAUUCAACCGAUCCAGAUCGGGGCUCUGGUCUUGUACGGCCUGGUGUUCCUGCUGGGUGUCCCCGGUAAUGCUGUGGUGGUGUGGGUGACGGGGUUCUGCAUGCCCCGCUCUGUCACCUCCAUCUGGUUCCUCAACCUCGCGCUGGUCGAUCUCCUGUGCUGCCUCUCCCUCCCUCUGCUCAUGAUCCCUCUGGCCCAUGACGACCACUGGCACUUUGGGCCGCUGGCCUGCACGUUAGUCAAAAGCCUGUUUCACCUGGUGAUGUACUGCAGCGUCCUGCAGCUGGUUCUGAUCAGUGUGGAUCGCUGGAUGCUGGUCACCAGACCCAUCUGGUGUCAGAACAACAGGCGACCCAAGCAGGCCGCCUGCGGGUGUGUGGCCGUCUGGUUCUUGGCCCUGGUGGGCAGCAUCCCCCAGUUCGUCUACACAAAGCAGAUCGAAGCGGGUGAAGACAAGCGAGAGUGCGUGACGAUGUACACUACACUCAGCGCCUGGCUCGUCACCUCCUACCGCUUCCUGGUGGGAUUCAUCCUCCCCUUCCUGGUGAUCGUGGUCUGUCACUUGGUGGUGUACAAGAGAGCGCAGAGCGGACUGUCCAAAGGUCGGACGCGCUCCAAGCGCACGCUGAGGGUCAUCAUCGCCGUGGUGCUGAGCUUCUUCCUGUGUUGGCUCCCACUGCACACUUUGGACUUCCUCAUAUUGACGGUCCCUCGGAGUUCUGAUCACAGCCCCAGACUGUACCUGGCACACGUCUUGGCACUGUGCCUGGCGUACUUCAACAGUUGCCUCAACCCGCUGCUCUAUGUGUGUCUGGGCCGGGGCUUCAAGGAAAGCAUGAACCGCUCCCUGCGCAACAUGAUGCACUUCAUCAGCGAGGACCCUGUGACCAAGUUGAGCAUCACCAAUAACGACACCAAGAGCUCCAGCAACGGAAAGGAGAUGACCAAAAUCUGAUGUUGUGUCGACUUUGAUGCACUUUUUCAAUCUCCUCACCGAGCGACAUCUUCUCUCCUGAACGUGGGGAUCCGAAACACUGAGGUUUCACCAUAAACUGUCUGUGUUCAGAAUUGACUUUUUUGACACAAAUAAACUCCAUCUGAAGAAAUAACUUCAACAUUUGAACGCGUGAGCACACCAACCCUGCUGUUUCACAAGCUAUUGUGAGGAGGUUUGCUAAUGCAGUUGAAUGAAAUGCAAACAUGGUGUCAUGAUUGCCUCAAGAUUGCCAAUCUGCAAUAUUUCCUGUGGAAACGCAUGUCUCACGCAACAAUGGCACUUCUUAUUUCUGCUCCUAUACAAGGAUGUCAGAACGUGUUUGAAGGCAUUUCUGUUAUAAAUGAUUUGAUCUUUGUAUUGCUUUUUGUUUCGUAUAAUUCAAGUUUUUUGUUAUUAAUAAUUAAUACAUUGUUCUUGUAUAAUACUUACCGGUAUAAGACACAGCCAUGUCCCCAUGUGUAACAGUAGUCUGCAUAGACCACAAGAGGGAGCUACACUCUAAAUCUCUGAUGCUCAAUGACCAAAGUGUAUAUAGUUGCAUAUGGCUCGUGGGCGGAGUACCAAAGUGUGUCAGACCCUAAACACAAAAAGGACAAUUUAGAGAUGUUUGCAGGUUUGUCAAAUAAAUUCAGUUCAGACAAAUGCUCCACUUAGCACGUCUACAGAAGUCUAUUAAAUGUAAAUUAAUUACCCUUUUUUUGUACCACUUGCCUAAUGCAUAUUUAUAUGAUGUUUUGAAAUGGAUCUUGUUGUACCAGGGCGAUUAAAGAAUAAACAAAACAAUAAAAAUGUGUUAACGUACCAAAAUGAAGAGGAAAAAGCCUUUAUUUACAAACUACAUUCAUUCCAAACAAGGCCACGUGAUGGUAUAUACAGAAACACACAAUUACAGGAGUGUCCAAUUCUGUGUCAAUAUGGUUCAAU